AUGUUGAGAGUUGACCUGGUAGACUUCGAAGGGAACAUCAAGUACGCUGAGUACACGGAUUUUAAUGUAACAGACGAAGCUGACAAGUACUGGCUUUUUGUUGAAGGAUACAAGGGCACUGCUGGUGACUCUAUGCUGGUACAUAGGUAAGAAAGGUAUUAUGUCGUCUAAGAGAGUAUCCAUUUCCAGCCGCGGGAGGCAUGUUUCGAUUAGGGGUGCAGUUUUUGAAAGAUACAACGGCGGUGCGUUUGAAGAUUUGUCCGCUUCGGCCAAAAUUUGUCAAGUCGCAACAAUCCAGCUGCUCUUGUAAAAUGUUGAUGAUGACAGGAAAUUUGUUUAAAUAAAAACCUUUUUCGCUUGUGCAGAAAGGCCCUAACUUUAUAAACGCGAGAAACUGAUAAACUAAGAGACUUUCAUGAGCCUUAAACAAACUCCAUCAACGUACACUUCUAGUAACAUGUGAGGACAGAAAAUGUUCCCACAAUUUCCGAAGACUUGCGUGAGAUUGACAUCUCAACACUUUUCUGAGAUCAUUCGAGAAAUGAGCGUGAGGAGCGAGGUUCCAAUCUCCUUGGUCACGUGACUUGAUUACGUCAUCCGAUAACCUAGACUACUGUACGGGAGGAUCAGGGCUGAAGCCCCAAACCAGACCAACACUCAGAGUCUUAAAAUAUGCCGGCUUUUCUAUGAACUUACAAAUGGAUAAACGUUCAAAGCUUCUCGAAAAAGGACGAUAAACCGAAGGCCCCGUCUCCUGCAUCUUCUCUGUCCUGGUUGGCAGGGAAUGUUAGAGAACACACAAAGUCCUCGCAAAGAGAAGGGAGCGAAGCUUCCGGUGUUGUGGUCUGGCCUUACUAUUAGUUUCUAAAAGCUACCAUUCAAACCAACGUUAAAGUUGACUGGUGCUAACUGUAUAAAUAUCGUAAAUAAAUGAAUAAAUAAAUGAUUAUUGCUUUCUAUCUGUCUAAACAUGGUGAAAACGAGCUUACCUGAAAUUUCAUUUCAUUUCAGUAAUAUGGAGUUCUCUGGCGGUACAAAAGCUGCCAUCAAUCUCAUCUGAACAGACUGUGCCUCAAUUGCUCCCAUGUGUCUAAUGCUGAUGGGGUCAACUGGCCUUCUUUCAGAGGCCAUCGUUGCUCGCUAAAACGCACCGAGAUGAAAGUGAAAAACCAA